AUGAGAAUAGAGAAAUGUUGGUACUGCUCGGGAAACAUUUACCCAGGGCACGGCAUAUUCUUCAUACGAAACGAUGCAAACAUCUUCCGCUUUUGUCGCAGCAAGUGCCACAAGCAUUUCAAGGCUAAACAUAAUCCACGUAAAGUGAAGUGGACAAAAGUAUACAGAAAAGAAAGAAAUAAGGAACUAAUUGCUGACAAAACAUUUGAAUUUGAAAAGAUUAGAAGCGAACCAGUAAAAUAUGAUCGAAAUUUAUAUAUUAAAACAAUUAAUGCUAUAAAAAAAAUUGAUGAAAUUAAAGAAAAAAGAAAAAUGAGAUUUUAUAAAAAUAGAAUAAAACAAGUCUCAGAAAAAAAAAUCAACUUAUCUUUGAAUUAUAUUAAAAAAAAUCCAGCUCUUUUAAAAAAUACGCAAUAUGAAAAUGUGCUUAACGAACUUAUUUCUGAACACAAAAAUAAGAAUAUCGAUUUUAGUUUAGUCAAGGAUACAUUUGAACAAGCAAAUCUCAUUGUUAAUGAUAUAGAGCAGACCGGUCAUAAAUUUUCUGCGGAUAUCAACUCUAUUAGGGAUUCACAAAGAUCCGAAUACCACAAAGAAAACAGAAAUUUGGAAUUAGCCACCAUCAUGUGA